GUUGAAUUUCAUUGAGGGAGCACGCUGCAAGCUGCAAGGAGUGAGAGACCAUGACCGAGGAAAAAGCCAGGGAACCUACUGCUGCAGGAGUGGGUCCAGAUGAUGGGCCACGUGAAGAGGGGGCUCCUCCGAGGGGGAAGUGGGCCAACAACCAGGAGUAUCUACUCUCCAUGACUGGGGGAAUCAUUGGCGUUGGGAACUUGUGGCUAUUUCCUUUUUCGUGCUACAGGCAUGGAGGAGCUGCUUUUCUCAUCCCUUACUUUCUGUGCCUCCUCUUCAUCGGCGGCCCUCUCUUCUUACUGGAGACGGCGUUGGGCCAGUACACCAACGAGGGUGCAGUCACGGCUUGGAGGAAGAUAUGUCCCAUGUUCGAGGGGGUUGGGAUAGCGUCCCAAGUCACCACAUUCUAUAUGAACACCUACUUCAUCGUCGUUUUGGCCUGGAACAUCUUCUACCUGAUUUACUCCUUCAAAAUCCCUUUGCCCUGGUCUAGUUGUGACAACGAGUGGAACUCUGAGUUAUGUCACAAUCCAGUCAACAUGAUCGCAAACCCCCACCUGUUUUCCACCAACACCAGCUGGUCGUUCCUAAACAACAUCUCCUUGCCUGAUGACUUUGAGUACGCACCGUACUUCAAUCAAACGGACGAAUUACAGUUGGACCCUACACCGGAGGAGGAGUUCUGGAGGAAUCGUGUGUUAAGAAUGUCUGACGAGCUCUUGGGUAAGGUGCACUGGGACCUGGCUCUGUGUCUCCUGCUGGCCUGGAUCAUAUGUUACUUCUGCACGUGGAAGGGAAUCAAAUCCAUUGGAAAGGUGGUUUACUUUACAGCUACAGUCCCCUACCUGCUGCUGCUCAUCCUCUUCUUCCGUGCAGUGACGCUCCCAGGAGCAGGACAGGGCCUGUGCUACUACCUCUGUCCAGAUUUUAGAAGACUCGCCGACCCAUUUGCAUGGGAGGCUGCAGUGAUGUGUGUGAUGUACACCUACGCCACGUGUCAAGGGGUCCUGACCACUCUGGGAAGCUACAACAAGUACAACCGCAACUGCUACAGGGAUUGCAUUGCACUGUGCUGCCUGAGCUGUGCGACUGGCAUCUUUGCGGGUUUCAUCGUGUUCUCAGUGUUGGGAUUCCUGGCUUACGUGCAGGGUUUGGAGAUGUAUGAUGUUGCCUCUUUUGGUCCGGCUUUGAUCUUCAAGGCCUUUCCUUUGGCCCUGUCGGUGCUGCCUGGCUCCAGUUUCUGGGCUGUGCUCUUCUUCCUCACCGUCUUCCUCCUGGCUGUCGACACUCAAUUUAUGUUUAUGGAGAGUCUAGCCACAGCCAUCACAGACAUGUUCCCACGUCACCUGAGGAGGCCUGGAGCGAGGGAGGUCCUGGUCCUGGUCAUUGCUAUCGUUUGCUUCCUACUGGGACUGCCGUUCAUCACUGAGGGAGGGAUAAUCCCCUUUGAAAUUGUUGACAGUUAUGGAGCCAAUGGGAGCAUUCUCCUCUUCAUUUCCUGUUUGGAGACCGUCAUCAUCGGCUGGGUGUAUGGAGCGGACCGUUUCUACGACAACAUUGAGGACAUGAUCGGGUAUCGACCGAACCCCGUGAUCAAGUACUGCUGGAUGUUCAUCACGCCGUUCAUCUCUGUUCUCUUGCUUGUGUUUAGACUGUUAAGUCAUUCCUCUUACUUGGAACACGGCUCCAGACUUCAACCUGUGGACUCCAUAGUCGGCGCUUUACUUUUCGUCACUCCGCUGAUGUGCAUCCCAGUGUUCAUUUUUGUGGCACUGUGGAGGAACCCCAAAAACAUAACCUCUCCGUCCAGCGACCUGCGCCAGGCACGGCCCCACAAGCCUGUGCUCACGCUGUGUAAACGCGUCAUCUUCAAGGCACAGGGGCCGCCUGUCGGGACCACGGCCGAGAGACACGAGAAGAUAAUGAUGGAGGAGCCCAUCGGGACCAUGACCGAGGAAAAAGCCAGGGAACCUACUGCUGCAGGAGUGGGUCCAGAUGAUGGGCCACGUGAAGAGGGGGCUCCUCCGAGGGGGAAGUGGGCCAACAACAAGGAGUAUCUACUCUCCAUGACUGGGGGAAUCAUUGGCGUUGGGAACUUGUGUCUAUUUCCUUGUUCGUGCUACCAACAUGGAGGAGCUGCUUUUCUCAUCCCUUACUUUCUGUGCCUCCUCUUCAUCGGCGGCCCUCUCUUCUUACUGGAGACGGCGUUGGGCCAGUUCACCAACGAGGGUGCAGUCACGGCUUGGAGGAAGAUAUGUCCCAUGUUCGAGGGGGUUGGGAUAGCGUCCCAAGUCACCACAUUCUAUAUGAACACCUACUUCAUCGUCGUUUUGGCCUGGAACAUCUUCUACCUGAUUUACUCCUUCAAAAUCCCUUUGCCCUGGUCUAGUUGUGACAACGAGUGGAACUCUGAGUUAUGUCACAAUCCAGUCAACAUGAUCGCAAACCCCCACCUGUUUUCCUCCAACACCAGCCUGUCGUUCCUAAACAACCAUACCCUGCCUGAUGACUUUGAGUCCAUACCGUACUUCACGGAAGGAUCAGAGUCGGACAGCACACCGGUGGAGGAGUUCUGGAGGAAUCGUGUGUUAAGAAUGUCUGACGAGCUCUUGGGUAAGGUGCACUGGGACCUGGCUCUGUGUCUCCUGCUGGCCUGGGUCAUAUGUUACUUCUGCACGUGGAAGGGAAUCAAAUCCAUUGGAAAGGUAGUCUACUUCACAGCUACAGUCCCCUACCUGCUUCUGCUCAUCCUCUUCUUCCGUGCAGUGACGCUCCCAGGAGCAGGACAGGGCCUGUGCUUCUACCUCUGUCCAGAUUUUGGAAGACUCUCCAACCCAUAUGCAUGGGAGGCUGCAGUGAUGUGUGUGAUGUACAACUACGCCACGUGUCAAGGGGUCCUGACCACUCUGGGAAGCUACAACAAGUACAACCGCAACUGCUACAGGGAUAGCAUGGCACUGUGCUGCCUGAGCUGUGUGACUGGCAUCUUUGCGGGUUUCAUCGUGUUCUCAGUGUUGGGAUUCCUGGCUCACGUGCAGGGUUUGGAGGUGAAUGAUGUUGCCUCUUUUGGUCCUGCUUUGAUCUUCAAGGCCUUUCCUUUGGCCCUGUCGGUUCUGCCUGGCUCCAGUUUCUGGGCUGUGCUCUUCUUCCUCACCGUCUUCCUCCUGGCCGUCGACUCUCAAUUUAUGUUUAUGGAGAGUCUAGCCACAGCCAUCACAGACAUGUUCCCACGUCACCUGAGGAGGCCUGGAGCGAGGGAGGUCCUGGUCCUGGUCAUUGCUGUCGUUUGCUUCCUACUUGGGCUGACGUUCAUCACUGAGGGAGGGAUAAUCCCCUUUAAAAUUGUUGACAGUUAUGGAGCCAAUGGGAGCAUUCUCCUCUUCAUUUCCUGUUUGGAGACCGUCGUCAUCGGCUGGGUGUACGGAGCAGACCGUUUCUACGACAACAUUGAGGACAUGAUCGGGUAUCGACCGAACCCCGUGAUCAAGUACUGCUGGAUGUUCAUCACGCCGUUCAUCUCUGUUCUCUUGCUGAUGUUUAGAAUGAAAAGUCAUUCCUCUUACUUGGAACACGGCUCCAGACUUCAACCUUGGGACUCCAUAGUCGGCGCUUUACUUUUCGUCACUCCGCUGAUGUGCAUCCCAGUGUUCAUUUUUGUGGCACUGUGCAGGAACCCCGAAAACAUGACCUCUCCGUCCAGCGACCUGCGUCAGGCGCGGCCCCACAAGCCUGUGCUCACGCUGUGUAAACGCAUCAUCUUCAAGGCACAGGGGCCGCCUGUCGGGACCACGGCCGAGAGACACGAGAAGAUAAUGAUGGAGGAGCCAAUCGGGGUGUGAGGGUUGUUGACGGCGCUUGUAGACCCGCAGGAAGUGAUUGUUUAUAUAGAUGGUUUUGAUGGCUUUUACCAGUAUGUGACAGGUAAACGACACAUUAAUCAUUUGUAAAAGACGGGUACAUUAAAGUGUAAAAAAAUAUCUAAAUGUAUAUAUUACUCCACGUAUAAUCGAACACGCUGUAUUCAUACUUAUCCUUCUAAUAACUGUAGAAAUCUGUUUUUCUGACGGUACUCGACGCAGCAGGAGAUUCUCCUCUCAGAAGCGUGAGGGGGCGGAGCAGCAGGAAGAGGCGGGGCGUGACAUUAAUCCUGCUUUUUCCUUUUCCUGGCUUCUGCAUUUUGUGAAAUCCACCUACUCAUUCACUAACCCCUCCUCCCUGUAUAGGGACGUCUAUGUAGAGGAAUAUAUAUCGUGAGCUCCUCGAUGAAAGAAAGAAGCCGAAAACUUUUUCAAAUACCAAAUUUAUUGAUUAUGGUGUAAAACAACGUCUGCUGGUGAAAUGUCCCAUAAUAACUGCAUAGUCUAUUAAAAAUGUCGCUCUACAUUUGGACGGCAUCACGAUAUGGCAAACUGACUAUAGUGUGGACUGCAUCACUCCUCUCUAACUCCACCCUCCCUGAUCUGAUUAUUUUCUAAACCAUUAGCUCUACCUCCUUUAAAUCACUCAUUACCUCAUGUAUCAGACACAUUAGUUAUUGCAACAUUUUAUUUGUAAUUAAAUGUGUUUUUUUUAAAAUCGAAUCAAAGCAGCUAAAACUACAAUGUUUCUCUCUGUUAAUGCAAAAUCUGCAGGUUUGUUGGGGUUCAGGUGUCGAAAUUGAAGUAAUGUGAGUGAUGGAGUGAACAAAAUGUUUCGGUUACUUUUGAAUUCUCUUUUGUAGAAGACCAAAAACAGAUUUUUUGAUACUUUGAUAAUUUGCAUAAAAUCUUCACUUCAUUGUCUGUGUGUGCAGAUGGUGAUGAACUCUUUGCAUCUCAUUAAAUAUCUGUUGGUUAAAUAUC